UUUGUUAAACUCGUCCAAUUCAUCAUUCGAUCGAUUUUGAUAUUUCGAACCCUAAAUUUCCCUCAUAAACAAUGGAAAUUUCGAUGAUUUCCGAUACCGUAACAACAAUCGACCACCCAAAGCAAAGCCAUGGUCUAGGGUUUGCUACAUUCCCUAUUCGUCGACACAAUUUCACACAUUCUUCGCCUGAUCAACAACAACGCCUCGAAAUCUGUGCUCAAAGUUUGCCGAUAGACGCCGUUGCUCCACCGCCUGUGAAACCUAGCACCAUACCAAAGACACUUGCCAGGAAACGUUCUCGUGUUAGAAAGAGAUUGAGAAUCGACGGCUUUGGUGCUGAUGAGGAAGGAGAGGGAGGAGGGUUAUUUGGUGGCAGCGAUGGUCCAUUCGGCGGCGGCGGCGGCGGCGGCGGUGGUAGCGGUAGCAGUGGCAAUUUUAAUUGGGAUGAAUCUUCGUCUUCGCCGUCGGAUCCGGCUUUUGAUUUCGUAUACGAGGCGCUUAGCUGGUUUGUUUUAUCAAAUUGCUUGAUCUUCGCAUUCAAACGGUUGGCGAGGAUGGUCGCCGAUGGAGUUGCUGAACCCGGAACAGACUAAAGAGAAGGUUUCGACGAUGGCUUACGUCGGUAUAGUAAUUUGGUUUUUUGAGAAGUGGAUCAUCUAACCACCAUGUGGUGUUAGAAUGGUUCCAUGGUGUGCAGAACCAGGGUGGGCUGUGGACAAACUUACCAUCAGGUUUCCCAAGCCAUGUUCUUGGUUAGGGUCAUAUGAACCAGGAUACCCACUUGAAUGCAGGUAAGGCUUUGCAUGAUGACCCUCAAGUCAGGUUGUUUUCGGCUGAUACUAUGAAAGUGUGCCAGUGAUUCGUGAUUGGAAAUGUGGAUCAUCACAUUGAGGUGAGCAUCAGAUGGUAUGAUAACUUUCAUCUGUUUGAUAAAUGGUAGUUUCUUUUCUUUUAUCGGUCGUAAGUAGGUUGAUGUGUGUAUCUUCUAUCAAACUGUUACCUGGAGUACAUAAAGGGGUGGAUUUAGGCUUAGGCUAGGAGGUGCCUGUGCACCUGCUUUAUCGUCCGGCUGCAAUGGAAAAAAUAAGGGUCUUAAAGGCUUAGGCUAGGGGGUGCCUGUGCUCCCCUAAGCUAACAAAAAGUGAAUCAAUUGAUAGCACAGCAAAACUGAGCCUACAAUUUUUUUUGCUAAUUAGUGAUCGAUUUGCGAGUUUCAUCUUCAAAUUGCUUUCACGGAAACAUCAUUUCUACCCUCCCCAAACCCUACUUCGUGUGGGAUUUACUGGAUUUAUUUGGUUUGGUUUAUCUGCUAACUGCUUUCCCCUUGCCGUAGUCUCGCAUUCUGGGUAGCUCACGUUCGGUUUGAAUAUCACCAAAAUCGUUGUGAUUGCCGAGUAUUUCUUUGUCUUUUAGGUGAUGGUUGUUUUUAGAGUCCACACUUUGCUAUGGCAUAUUUGAGAAGAGAGGAAUAUGUGUUUGUUUCUUUUCUUGUUAUUGUUCCUUCUGAACAUUAAGUCCCUUAUUUUGUCAUUAGCAAGUGAUAUCAAACA